CUGUCCCCAGGCCGUGGCCAAGCUGAGCCAGAUGCAGAACGUGGUGCUGUCCAUGGUGUCGGGGAUCGCGCCCGGCGUGCGGAGCCGCAUGGGGCAGCGGGCGCUGGUGCUGGAGGUGCUGGGGCUGCUGCUGGACAUCAUCGCCCCCAAACUGCGGCCCGUGAACACGCAGCUCUACAGCCUGAAGGAGAAGCAGCAGCUGGCUGAACUCAUCAGCACCAUGCUCACCUACAACCUCACCUACCUGCAGGAGCGCCUGCCCGAGGGCCAGUACGUCUUCAAGCUGGAUCCGAACGUGGAGGCCGUGUGCCGCUUCCCGGAGCUGCCGGCCCGCAGGCAGCUCAGCUACCAGGCCAAGCAGCUCAUCGCCAGGGAGAUCGAGCUGGAGAAGAUGAGGAGGGCAGAACGGAACCUGGGCCAGGACCCCGGGAAUGGCCUCGGGGAAGAGCGAGGGGACGCGGAGCCAGCGGAGACCCCCAGCCACCAGCAGCGCCUGGAGCACCUCCUGAGGAGAGCAGUGGUGCAGGACAAGCCCGAGAGGGAUUUUUUCGGGAGGCCAGUCCAGCGGAAAGAGGCGGCCCCGGCCCCAGCCCCUCAGGUUUCCAAGGAGGAAUCCCUGGAGCUGCAGAUGGGAAAAGCCGUGGGGAAGAGCGACGUGUGGUUCCGCUUCAACGAGGGCUUCUCCAACGCCGUCAGGAGGAACCUUUACAUCAGGGACCUGCUCUAGCAGGGCUGGGAGGGAGCCAGGAAUUCUGGAGCUGGAGGGAUCAGCUGGGUUUUGGCUUUCUAACCCAUGGAUGGGGUUUGUGGCUGUGAUCUUGGCGUAGUAGUUUUUUAUUUUGUUUAAAAAGAGAAAUAAAAUGGAUCUACAAAAAUCAGCAGGGGAGUGUUGCUCUGUUUAUUCCAGUCAUAAACCUCGAGUUCUGCCUGCUCUGCUGCGAAAUGAUGUCCUACAGUGUACAAAAGCAUCUAAAAUCACUAAAAAUGGGGUUUUUUAUAAAAA